GCGCUGCAGUGGACAGAGGAGGACGACAUCCUCAACGACACCGAGACCGUCCUCGACGCGCUUCGCGCCGGCGGCGCGGGUGCCGCGCUCGGCGCCGCGGCGGAGGGGGCGGCGCCGCCGCGGAUGUGGAGCGCCUCCUCGCAGGGGGGGCGCGUCGCGCAGGACGCCUUCGCGCCCAAGGCUGUGGAGUACAUCGGCGACGCGGGGGACCCCGCGUCCGUCGCGCAGAGCUGCAUAGGCUUCACCUGCCACAAGGGUGUGAAGCCGAGGGGCCUGAAGGCGCCCAACCAGGACUCCUUCUUCGUCCUCCACGUGGAGAACCGCCUGUCGAUGUACGGCGUUUUCGACGGGCACGGGCUGCACGGACACGAGGUGUCCGAGUUCGUCAAGUUGCACCUCCCAAGGAUGGUCGUCAAGGACCACAGGUUCGGAACCGCCGACACGGCGGCCGCUCUGCGGGACGGCUUCCUGAGGACACAGGCCCUGAUCGAGAGAGCAUUCCACCUCGACAGAUUGAACGCGAGCGUGUCUGGCACCACCGUAACGCUCGUCGUCCACGACCGGGCCGCGCGGAAGCUGACCGUGGCAAACGUGGGCGACAGCGCCGCUUGCAUCGGGAGGGUGCCGGCUGGCGGUGCGAUGCAGACGGAGGCGCUGAAGAUCACAGAGGACCACAAGCCCGAGAUGGAAGAGGAGAGGCAGAGGAUAGAGAGGUCGGGCGGCACUGUGCUGUACGAUGGUUAUGUGAACCACAGGGUGUACGUGAGGAACGCGACCUAUCCAGGCCUGAACAUGUCCCGAGCGCUCGGCGACCUGCUCGGGCACUCGGGGGCGGGCCUCUCCGCGGAGCCCUCGGUCGCCGAGCUCGGCCUGGGCGAGGACGACCGGCUGCUGCUGCUGUGCAGCGACGGGGUCUCCAGACUUUUUGCUCCACCUUCUCCUCCCUCCUGCUCCUCCCUUCUGCUCCUCCCUUCUGCUCACCCUCACUCCGCCCUCCUCCUCCUCCUCCUCCUCCUCCUCCUCCUCCUCCUCCUCCUCCUCCUCCUCCUCCUACCUCCUCCCUCCCUCCUCCUCCUCCUCCUCCUCCUCCUCCUCCUCCAUCUCCUCCUCCUCCUCCUCCUCCUCCUCCCUCCUCCCUCCUCCCUCCUCCUCCCUCCUCCUCCUCCUCCUCUCUCCUCCUCCUCCUCCUCUCCUCCUCCUCCUCCUCCUCCUCCUCCCUCCUCCUCCUCCUCGUCCUCCUCCUCCUCCGCCUCCGCCUCCGCCUCCUCCUCUCCUCGGCCUCGGCCUCUCCCCUCCGCCUCCCCUCUUCCUCCUCGCUGCUCCUCCUCCCCUCCUCCUCCUCCUCCUCCUCCUCCUCCUCCUCCUUCCUCCUUCCCUCCUCCUCCUCCUCCUCCUAAUCGUCCUCCUCCUCCUCAUCCUCCUUUUCCUUCUCGUCGUCCUCCCAUCCCCUCGUCUCCUCGUGCUCCUCGUGCUCCUCUUCCUCCACCUCCUUCUCCUCCUCCUCUUCCUCCUCCUCCUCCUCCUCCUCCUCCUCCCCUUUUCCUCCUCCUCCUCCUCCUCCUCCUCCUUCUCCUCCUCCUCCCUCCUCUCCUCUUCCCCUCCUCCUCCUCCUCCUCCUACUCCUCCCCAUCAUCAUCAAUCCUGGCACGUUUCUUAGAUUCCGGCCUCCGGGUCUCUGACUGGGCCCCAGGGCCUUCGAGAACAGGUCCAGAGCGACAAGCCACCCCCAAAGUAGGAGUCGGGACCUCUGGAGCCGCGCAUUGA